AAAAAGAAAGUAGAAUUGCGAACUCCCACCUUUAUUCAUCUGGGAGCAUUCCGCAUUAGUUUCUACCCUUUCUGCAGUUCACGAAACAAAAAGACUUGGAAUUUCGGAUUGUUAAGAAAGGAAACGACGACCGGAGGAUUCUGCCCUUCCGGUGGACUGAUUUCCCUUUCUUUUUGUGUAGUUUCUGUUUGCGCCACCAAUUUCAGUGCACGCAAAUUUGAACACUGAGUAACAAUGGCGGAAGCAGAGACAGGAUCAGCUACCGGUAACAGUGGGGGAGUGCCGGAACCGUCGCUUAAAGACAAGGGCAAUGAGUUUUUUAAAGCCGGGAACUAUCUCAAAGCUGCUGCACUUUACACCCAAGCUAUUAAACUAGACCCGUCAAAUCACGCUCUUUAUAGCAACCGUGCUGCUGCAUUUCUUCAUCUAGUUAAGCUUAACAAAGCACUUGCAGAUGCUGAGAUGACAAUUAAAUUGAGCCCACAGUGGGAAAAGGGAUAUUUCAGAAAGGGAUGCAUAUUGGAAGCCAUGGAAAAAUAUGAUGAUGCUUUGUCUGCAUUUCAAACAGCCUUGCAGUAUAAUCCACAAAGUGCAGAAGUCUCAAGAAAGAUUAAAAGGGUUUCACAAUUGGUGAAAGAUAAAAAGAGGGCACAAGAAGUGGAGAAAAAGAGAUCAAAUAUAGAUAUGACGAAACACUUGGAUAAGCUGAAAUCUGAACUGUCUGAAAAAUAUGGCUCAGAAGAAUGCUGGAAAGACAUAUUUUCUUUUCUUGUUGAGACUAUGGAGGCUGCUGUUAGAUCCUGGCAUGAAACGUCUAAUGUGGAUGCUAAAGUGUACUAUCUUCUCGAUAACGAAAAGACGGACACUGAAAAAUAUGCUCCAGUCGUAAACAUUGAUAAGGCAUUUGAAUCACCCCACACGCACAGUGACUGUUUUCAAUUUUUGAGGAAAUAUGCUGAGGAUUCAGUCUCCCGAGCAGCAUGCUUAGUAACUCCCAAAAGCUUGAUAUCUUACCCACAGGUCUGGAAGGGUCAAGGUUCAAGAAAAUGGAAGCAUGGGCAGCAUGAUGGUUUCUUUGUGCAGCUCGAAACCCCUUCCUUAAGAAAGCUAUGGUUUGUUCCUAGUUCUAGUGAACUGGGACGACCAUUGUGCCGGGAUCCUGAGGUUCUGGAUAUUGCUGCCCAUGAAUUACUACCGCGCAUAUUUAAAGAAAAGCUGCUAAGCACUUAGAUCCAAUAGUAGCCAGAAAUAGGUUUGAACUUUUCAUACCAUCGUAACUUUUUUUCUGAAGAGCACGCUAUCGACAAAGCUCCGUACAUCUUCCAUUACUCCAAGUUUAGAAGGCCGUUUUCAAAAUGUUUGCAAGUAUUUCACAUUCAUAACAUGGCUACACAUACAUAUUGAAUCUCUGGGUAGUUUGAAAAUUGAGACAUGAUUUGGUUUUUUCAGACCAUGGAGAUUCUUUGUUGUACGAUUUCUUUCUUGUUUUGUAGUGUUGCUGAGUGCUUUAGUCCUUUGAGCUUUUCUUAGAUUUCAUCAGGUUUUGUGUUAAACUUACAUCUCAAGAAAGACAUCUUUUUUUGGUCUUGUAGUUUGUAAAAUGGAAUGGAUCUCUGUUUUUUGUUUGCUUUAGAUAAAUUGUCCUUGCCCAUUUAUUAUA